AUGGGCUCCUCAGACAUCCCACCCCCCUCAGCACCAACAUGGCUCGUCCCAGCCUCAACAGCCUGCCUCUCAGUCGGCAUAACCUUCUGGCUUUGGGCCUACAUCCUCAUGGUCCGCCGCAGUCUCGCAACCCACGCUACACCCGCGCCUCUCCUCGCCCUAGGUCUCAACCUCGCAUGGGAAGUCGUCUACGCAUUCGGCGUAUGCGAAGCACCCAUCGAAACAUUCGGCUUCACCUGCUGGCUCCUCCUCGACAUACCCGUGCUAUACUCCACUCUCAAGACAGCGCCUAGAUCGUUUGCCUCUGCGCCGCUUAUCGCACGUAACGUACCGCUGCUGCUGAUUGUAACUUUCAUCGCGGGGCUGGUGGGUAAUGGCACGUUUGUUUGGUGGUGGCUCAAGGAGCCGCAUCGUGGGUAUGGGAUCAAAUGGGGUAAGACAUGGAAGGGUCUUGAGGCAAGGGAUACUACUGAGUUGGCGUUCUGGUCGGCUGGUGUGGCGCAGAUGAUAUUCAGUGUAUCUGCCUUGGCUAUGCUUCUGCAGCGCGGUCACUCUGGCGGUCAGAGCUAUGCAAUCUGGUGA